GCCGAUGUCACGCUCACCUCGACCUCCAGUUUCGAAGACUACUACCUGAAAGAACCGCUCAUGAAGGGACUCGAACACCUGCACUACCGCGCGCCGAGCCCCGUGCAGGAAAUGGUGAUCCCGCUCUUCCUCGCGGGCUACAGCAUCCUGAUCCGCUCGAAAAACGGCACCGGCAAAACCGCAGCCUUCCUGAUCCCGAUGCUCGAGCAAAUCCAGACCUCCGCGCGCCACGUGCAGGCGCUCAUCCUCACGCCCUCGCGCGAGCUGAGCAUGCAGGUCUCCUACAUCGCCAAACAAAUGGGCAAGUACAUGGACUUACGCGUGCUCGUCGCGACCGGCGGCACCAACAUCCGCCAGGACGCGCUGCGCCUCUACUUCCAAGUGCAGGUCGUCGUCGGCACGCCCGGCCGCAUUCUCGACCUCUGCAACCGCCAGAUCGUGCUGACCAGCGCGACGUUCCCCGAACGCAACCAAAUCUUCCACGACUUUCUGCAAGGCACCUACCGCGUGCUCGUCUGCUCCGACCUGUUCGCGCGCGGCAUCGACGUGCAAGAAGUCAACGUCGUCAUCAACUUCGACUUCCCCUCCAACACCGCCACGUACCUGCACCGCAUCGGCCGCAGCGGCCGCUUCGGCAACAAGGGCUUGGCGAUCAACCUCGUCACCUACGCGGACCGCUUCAACCUGUUCAAAGUCGAAAAGGAGCUCGGCGUCACCAUCGAACCGAUGCCCAACAACAUCAACCCCGCGCUCUACGUCUACUAA